CGUCUUUUCAUUUGAUAUGGCAACAGCUCAUCAAGUGGAAUCUUCGCACUCGCAAACCUGCCGUCAUUGUCAAAACACAACAAAAAGUACCUCGUUGCAUUACCGUUUCUCCUCACAACACGGGUCAGGCGGCCGUAGGGUACGAUGAUGGACAGAUCCGAUUAUGGACCUUUUCUCUGGAAGGGUCGGCAUUAGCAGGUCGCAAGAAAAAGAAUUUUUACGAUUCCGUCGAACUCUGGAAAGGGUUGACAGGAAAUAUCGAACAGGUGAUGUGGCAUCCCGAAAAAGACGGCAUCAUGGUGUACAGCAACAGCUAUGGGAACAUGGGAUUAUAUGAUGUUUACAACAGCAAAGCGAUCCCAUUUAAAGGAUAUCACAAGCAAGGAAACAAGCAAGGCGGGGCGCCUCUGCUCGCCUGGGCUUCAAGUAUACCGUCUGUGGCAGAAACAAUGGCGUCGCCGUGGAUGAUGAUCAGUUACGGAGUGGACGACAAAAUGUUUGUACAUGACGCGGAAAAUCCUUCCAGGCGGCCGGUGGAACUGAUUCCUUACUUGCAAGAAAAGAAUCCCGUAUGGUACGAAAGUUUGCUGCUCAACCCAGAAAGGAAACGACGGCGGCUCGCUACAGAUGACAAAUCCCAGUAUCUUGCUGUUGGAUACACGGAUGGUCUGGUGGAAAUUUAUCGCCUUGACACACUGAAGAUCAUUUUCGUGUCGAAUGCGUUGCAAGGUCAAAUUAGUGCCAUGCAUUGGCGAUAUAUCAGAUCCACUUUAUACCUUGCUGUAGGCGAUACGGCUGGAGCUGUUGUCGUGCAUUCUAUGGCAACCGUGGAUGUAAAUACUGAUGCAGACAUUCCUGUUCCGACGACGACCGUUCACAGUACACUGAGUGGGCAUAAAGGUACUAUAACCGUUCUCCAAUGGAGUGCCCACCAAGACACCUCUUACCUCGCCUCGGCGUCUGCCGACAAUCUUGUUUAUGUAUGGGAUAUCGAUAAGGCGUGCCGUAUUGCAGCUUUUAGAAAUCAUCGCGGCAAUGUCCAGUCGCUUUGUUGGCAACUGUUGGACAAAGACAAGUUAUUCAGCGGUGCCAAUGAUCGUUUCAUCUAUUCAUGGAAAUAUACCGAUUAUCCCUACCGAGAAGAAGAUGGUAAGAGAUGGAAAAAAAAGAUCAGAAUUUAUCUGCAGUACUCUUAUGCAAAGCAGAUGGACAGCCACUACUGUACAUGCAGGAAAGGCGCAUUUUAGCCAAAGCGAAAUCUGCCGCCAAGGGCAAAGCCCUGAACCCUAAAUCCGUGAACCCCUCCGAGUCACCCGAGAAGCGAAAACUGGCGACAACGGACCAUCCUGAGCCGACAAAGAAGGCUAAAGGAGGCCCCACAGUGCGAUUACUGAGAAUGACAGACGCAGGCAUCGACUCCGUUAAUCGUCUUGCCCGGCAAAAGCAAACUGUCCAAUUAGCAGCGACCGCCUAUGGUGGCGAUCUGACCAAAGUCAUUGCCAGCUUAAAACACCGACUACGGACGCCCGAUGAAA